AUGAAGACUCGUGGAUAAAAGACAGAACCUAACUAUGCAUAUCAAUUCAAAAAGGACCAGAUCCUAGGACAAAGUGAAAAAGGCAAGCCAGUCUUUUACAAAGUAGUGGAAGAUUUAAAAACUAAUGACCACAAAUCCUAAUUAAAAGUAGUAAGACUGGAGUAGCAGGAGAAGCAAAAGGACGGCAAAGUAGUCUACAAAGAGUCAUAAGAAGCACUAUUAUCCGUUAAGGAAAGAACGUAAGAAAAGAUAUUAUUUUUUAGUAAAAUUGUGGAAGAUGUUGAAGUAAAAUCCACAAAACCAAAUCCAAGAAGUAAAUCAACUGUUACAUCUUUUGUAUUCCAAUAGGAUACAUUGUAAGAUAUUGCAAAGAGCGUUAAACAAAUUCCCGCCAAUACCAAGUAGUAAAAGAAACAGGUAAGUUCUGAAAGCGAAAGUGAAGAAGAGGAACCCCCCAAAAAAUAAACAAUAAAGAAAGGAACAAAAUAAGCAGUAAAAGAACAGACUCAAAAAAAGGAAGUCCAAAAAAUUACAAAAAAAAAGGUUGAAUCUGAAGACAGUGCUGAGGAAGAAGAAUCAUCUGAGGAAUAACCACCCAAAAAGUAAGUAACAACAAAAAAGCAAGCACAAAAGGUUGUGAAAACUAAUAAAAAACCAACAAAGUAAGUAAAAUAGUAAGAAAGUGAAUAGAGUUCUGAUGAGGAAAGUGAAUAAGAAUAAAAAAAGAAAAGAGCUACUAGAUAAGCUCCAUCCGGUAAGAAAGCUCAACCUGAAGUACCUCCAGUUUAGAAAAAAUAAAUCAAGAGAGGUAGAGCAUAGAAAAAGGAAGAGUCUGAUGAAUCUGAAGAAGAGUUUGAAGAAAAUGAAGUUCAAUCUCAAUCAGUUGAAGAAAAGAAAAAGAAAGGGAAAGCAGGUGCUAAGAAAUCUAAAUCGUAACCUGCUCAACCAAAAAAAUUCAUGAGAGGCAAAGCUAAUCCCAAUUACAGAGAAAUUAGGUAAACUAGUGAACAAUUAGAAGGAACAUCCUCAAAAUUCGUUGAUCAUUCAAGCAUCAUGAUGAAUAAUAAGGAGUUGAUUAGAGCUGCUCAAACAGAUGAUAUUUUUGCUCAUUCAUUAAAAAUUAGUAAUCUCUUUUAGAGAUGGGCUCCUGAAAAUGAUGCCAAUGCUAUUGAACUCAUUUUUAAAAGAUAAGAUAAAGCUAUGUUGCUUAAGUUUCUAAAGGCAAUGGAAAAAGUCAAAUUGGGAACUACUCCUAGAUGUUCUCUCAAGGAAAUAUAAACAGGAUAUAAUGAUUAAUAUGCUUAUGGUUCCAGAACGAGAAAGGUGGCCUUAGGCAGAGGAGGAAGAGAAGGAAAUAAUGCUUUUGUUUAUGAUUUGGAUCAGGAAGAUACUUUAACAGAGGAUUAAAUUGAGAGAUUAUUGAAAAUCGAAACUAAUCCUGAAUUCUUUGGGUUAAUGAUUGCCUAAUUGGGAGAGGAACAUCAAUAUUAUGAUCAAAUUGCAUUAGCAGUCAGAAGUGGAAAUUGGAAGACAGCUGGUUAUUUGGUUCAAAUGGCAAUGGAUAAAGGACAUAUGUAUGGGUUUAAUUAAGUUCAUGUUGAUGUUUUGAAUUACACAAGUGCCAGUCGCAUUGGUAAUAUUAAGAAACCCUCAGCCACAAAGAAAUCAGGUGGAACUUAUUUAGUUACUCCAAUCCAUUGUGCAGCUAUUAAUCCAAAUCAUGCAUGCCUAUAGAAAUUGUUAGAAAUUUCAUAGGAAUAUAAUAUUUUAGAUGAUUUUCAUAGGAAACCUGUCCAUUAUGCUGCUGUCGCAUAAACUUCAGCUUGUCUUAAGUUUUUAAUGGAUAAUAGUAUAGAUGUUAGAGAGGGAGAUCGAAAUAAGAGCACCCCAUUGAUAUUGGCAGCAUAAUAUGGUAGAACACAUAAUGUCGAAUUAUUGGCUUCUAAUAAUAUAGAUGGAAAAAAUAGAGAUGGAAAUGCAGCAAUUCAUGCCGCAUGUUUGGGAGGACAUUUGGAGACUGUAAAGGUUUUGUUAAAAAAUGGAGCAAAAAUUAAUUUGACAGGAUAAAAUAGAAUGACUCCAUUAAAUAUUGCAUGUGCAUAUGGCCAUUAUGAAUUAGCUAAGUAUUUAAUUGAAUAGGGAGCAAAAGUUUUGGCCAAGGAUAAAUAUGGAAGAACUUCUUGUGUUUUGGCUGCACGUAAUGGAAAUGUAAAGAUUCUUUCUUUAUUACUUUAUCAUGGAGCCGAAUAUGAUUAGCCAGACAGUUCUAAGAAUACUCCUCUUCAUUAUGCAGCAGCUUAUGGUUUUCCAGAAUGUAUAGAAGAACUAAUGAAGGCUGGAGCUGAUUAAAAUUUACCAAAUUCUUGGAAAUUGACUCCGUUGUCUGUGGCUCUAUAGAAGAAUCAUUUGGGAAUUGUUAAGAAGUUAUUGAGUUAUCCAACAACUGAUGUCAAUUGUAAAGAUGAUGAAGGCAGAACUUUGAUUUCUUCAAGUUUGAGUAAGUUUACAGUGGAUUCAUUUGAGUACAUGAAAUAUUUGAUUUUGGAGAAGAAUGCUGAUGUCAAGAUUGCAGACUUAUAAGAGAAGACUCCUUUGCAUUAUGCAGUAUUAUUGUCAAGAAAAGAAGCCAAGUAAUUUUAUCCUAAAUGGAAUGAAAUGAGCAAAGCAGAAAGAAGAGUUAUCAAAAAUAAGUAUGAGGAGUUAGUUCACGAGAUGAUUGAACUCUUAAUUAAUGCAGGUUCAGAUGUUAAUGUCUAAGAUAAUAAUGGAUAAACUCCAUUCAUUCAAUCAUUAAUUAGUUAGAAUUUCAAAGUGUCUGAAUUACUAUUGAAAUUGUCUACUCCUUCUGUUAACUAUGUUGAUAAAAAAGAUAGAAACAUCUUGCAUAAGUUAAUUGAAUGUAGAUUAUUCUAAAGUGAAAAGGGAUUUUCUAUUUUAUAGAAUAUCAUUAAGACUGUGGAUCCAACCUUUGUCAAUUAAUAUGAUGAAAAUGGAUGGAAUCCAAUACUUUAUCUAUUUUCUGAAUUUACAAGCACAGCAGAAUAAUAAUAUUCAAAAAUUUAUGAAAAAAAAGUAUCGGUUUUAUUAUAGAAAUUAUUCGAAGAGAAACAAAAGAUAUUAGUAGAAGAGGAGGAGAAGAUAAAUCAAGAAAAGAAGUUGAAAAAUAAUGAUUAGAAAGAUGGGAAGAAAAAUCUUCAGGAUGAAGAAGAAAAUGAAGAAGAUGAAGAUGAAGAAGGUGAAGGAGGAGAAGAAGAUGAAAAUGAAGAAGGAAGUGAUAAAGAUGAACUAGAAGUUGAAGAAAGCCAAAAAAUGAAGAUGAAAUUGAGGAUGAAGAUGAAGAUGAAAAUUAAGAUUAUUCUGAUGAAGAUGAUCAUCAUCCUUAAAAAACAAGAAAUGGAUUACUUGGAUCCACUAAUAUUUUUUCUAAACCUCAAGCAAAUGCUGUAAAAGUUAAGGAUUAAUACCACACUAAAACAUUUUAUUAUAAAAAUAAGCCAGUUAUAGUCUUUUUAAAGUAAGAUUAAGUUGAUGUUUUGGUCAAUGAGUCUAAACAAGAAUGUUUGGCUCUAUAAGAGGUAGUAAUUAAGCUAUAUCAAUUGCUCAUUAAUUUAGGAGCAGACUCUAAUUCAUCAAUCAUAAAGAGAAAGUAAUUUAGAGAAUAAAAAGAGGACCAAUAAGAGAAUACAGAUCAUCCUUAUAUUGAUGAGGGAGGUUAUACUAUAGCUCAUUUUAUUUUCAAGUCUUAUCAUAGCAUUAUCCUUCACUGAAGCUGCCUAAUAAAAUAUUUAUCCCAUUCAUCUUUUUGCAAAUUCAUGCAAUAUGAAUCAAGUUUGUGGUAGAGAAAACGAAAACAGUUAAACAUUUUUAGAGUAUGUAAUUAGUAAGAUUGAUGUCACUGUAAAGGAUGAAGAAUUAAAUACUCCAACAAGUUAGAUAGCUUGUAGAUACAAUUAUACCCUAGAUGGAAUCUUGGAUAUUCUAAUCUCAAAUGGAGGCAGUGUUAACAAUUUGAAUGAGGAAGAUGUAGUCCCAAUAUAAAAUUGGGUAAGGUAAGGUAAUGUUAAAGUUGUGGGGAUAUUUUUAACUAAAUUUAAGGCUGAUCCCAAUUUCCCUGAUAAGUCUAAAAGGACUGCCUUACAUCAUGCUAUCAAUUCAUCUAAUUCUGAAGCAGAUGCCAGUUUUGAGAUGGAACAUUUGUUAAUUAAGAAUGGAGCAAACACUAAUGCCUUAGACAUCUACAAGAGAACUCCCCUCUUCUAUGCAUUCACAAAAAUGACUUAUGAUAAUGAUUUUAGAGAGAUUGAUCCAUUUGAAACAGUGUCAUCUGUAUUAGCUGAUAAACAUUGUUCAGUUGAUACUGUGGAUAUCCAUUAAAGAUCUCCUCUUCAUUAUGCCGCCAUGAGAGGAAGUGUAAUCUCAGGAAGAUACAUGAUUAAAAUGAAGGCUCCCAUUGAUGUACCUGAUAAAUAUGGCAACACUCCACUGGCUUUGGCAUUCUUAUGUGGUCACUCUAAUUUCUGCACCAUGCUUAUAGAUAAUAAGGCAGAUGUCAAUAGAUACGCAACUGUUGUUGAUUAUGAGAAGAUUAGAAGGGAGGAAAGGAAGAAGAUUAAGGAGAGAAUUGAAAGGGGAGAGGCAAUAGAAUAGGAAGACGAAUUUGCGAGUGAUGAAGAAGAAGAAGAAAACGAAGACUAAGGCUAAGGAGAAGAGGAAGAUGAUAAUGGACUAUAUGGAGGUGCUAGAACCAAAUAGACUGCCAGAAAGUCAUAUGGAGGAAAGGCUCCAAUUAAAAGGAUGGCUGCAGUUGCAGCAAGACCAUAUUAUGGAAAUCAUCAAUAAGGCAAAACUUAAAAACGAGUCAAAGUUUAUUUAUUGCAAUCAACCAAAUUCCCAGUAGGAACUUAUUCUUAUUUUAAAUUAGCCAUCAAAUAGGGUUGGUAAGGAUUGGCAUACUUAUUGAUUUCAGAUGGCUAUGAUUUACAAAGGGCAAUUGAAGAUGCAAUAAUGGAGGAGCAAUUCAAACUAGUUCGUACUUUAUUGAUGAAAGUGAAAGAUGAUGAAAUUGUAUAGAAGUAAAACAAAAAUAAAUAAAACCUUUUCCAUAUUUUCUCAAUAAAGGGUAGGUAGUGUACAGAUGAGAUCUCUUUAAUGAUUGCUGAUGAAUUAGCAAGCAGACAAGUAGAUAGAAAUGCUAAGGAUGACUAGAAUAAUACUCCAUUACAUUAUGCUGCUCAAAAUGACUUUUUUGGAAUGAUUUAAUAUUUGUUGUAAUCAGAUAGUGAUCCAAAUUGUUACAACAAUGAUUAGAACACUCCAUUUUCUAUUAGAUUGUAAGAAAAGUACAAAGCCUUGGUAUCUGAUGUAGAGUUAUAACACUGGAAGGAUAAGAAAACCAAUUUAAAUGUGAAAUUUAAGGUUAAAGGAAAGGAUUAUUAAAUAACUCCAAUUUUGUACUUGAUCUAGGAAUAUCAUUUGGAGGAUGUGAUAAUCCUCAAUAAAUUUACAGAUGCUGGUUGUGAUAUCAAUGAAAAGACUGAGAACGGAGAAACAUCAUUAAUGUUAGCUAUUAAAAUAAAUUCCUUGAAGUUGGUCAACUAUAUAUUGAAUCAUCCUUAGUUUAAGGUUGCUCUUCACGCUCAAGAUUCGUAGAAUAGAACGCCUAUUCAUUAUGUGGUAUAGCCACUUGAAUUUGGAUCAUAUGAAAACAUUGAGAUGUUGUAAAUAUUGUCAAAGUAAUUUGAUAUCAAUCAAGCUGAUAAACUUGGUAGAACUCCUUUGGAUUAUGCUAAUGAUCAAGAUUCAGGAACCAUGGCUGAAGUUCUUAAGAAAUUGAAUGCUAAAGAAGGCAAGAAGUAAAAGCAGCCUAGACUCCCAACCAGUGUUAUUUCUCAAGCAUAAUGGGUAGAGGAAGAGAUUGAUGUUGAGGCAGAUGCUUAGAAAUUCUUGGAUUAAAAUGGUGAAUAAUUGGAUGAUUCAAAAUAAGACACAAGAAAAAUAGUGGAUAGUCGAGCUACUUCAUCUGGGAAGGUUGAAGUGUGGAUAGACAAAGAAUCUGGUCCAUAUUCGUUAUAGAUGACUAAAGUGGAUAUUGGAAAUGGCAUCUAUUCGGAGAAUGUCUUCUAUAAGAUGCAACUCUUACAUGAAAUAAACAGAAAUGUGUUUAUACUCUUCACAAGAUGGGGAAGAAUUGGUACAGGUGGAUAGCAUCAAUUGACACCUUUUGAAAAUGCAGAAGAGGCUAUUAAGGAGUUCAAUAAGAUAUUCCAUUCUAAGACUGGAGGGAAUGAUUGGAAGAAGGUUUCAUCAGGAGAAGAGCCUUUUGAGAAAAAGCCAGGAAAAUAUUAAUUGAUUAAUUUCAAGAAUGUUAAAAAUUACAAGACCUUACUUAAUCCAUUCGAUUUUAGCAAGAAGAGUCCUUAUUAACAAUGCAAUUUAGAAAAAGCAAUCAGAAGGUUCAUGUUGCAAUUUGUCUAAGUUAAAUUGUACAACAAGGAUUUAUAGUAAUUCCAUAUUGAUUUGGAUUCUAUGCCUAUUGAAAGACUAGAUAGAAAGCAAUUGGAAGCAGCUAAGGCUAUUUUGAAUGAAUUAACAGAUUGUGUGGAAGAUCUACAAAAACUCAGAUAAACUGGAGAUCUUGAUAUUAAGAAGAUACAAAACAUAUUUAAUGAAAUUUGUGAUAAAUCAAGCAGAUUUUAUGAAUUCAUUCCAAACCUCUUCCCUCCAUUGGAUUCAGUUGAAGCAAUAAAUCAAAAGUUGUUGUUAAUUGAAACCUUACUUAACUUUGAAAUCACUUCUAAAAUCCUAUUGGGUGCUCAUCUUGUGAAAUAGACAAUUAAUCCAUUAACUUAUUGUUUCAAUGCUCUCAAUGUUAGAGUAGUUACUCUACCAAAAGAGCAUCCUGAAUUCAAAUUGAUAGUCUAAUAUAUCAAUUAAUCCCAACAAGCAAAGGUGUCCAAUAUCUUUGCAGUUGAGAGAAGAGGAGAAGCUGAAAGAUUUGAGCACAAUAAACAACAUAACAGAAUGCUCUUAUGGCAUGGUUCUAAAAUAUCAAAUUUCAUGGGUAUUCUGGCUUAAGGACUUAGAGUGGCACCUCCAUGGGCUUUUAAUACCGGAACUAUGUUUGGAAAAGGUAUCUACUUUGCAGAUAUGUUCUAAAAGUCAUUUGGUUAUACUGAGGAUUGGUCUCUCUAUUACAACACAUAUAAUGGACUUUUCUAAUAAAAUGGAUAUUACGACAGAUCAAAUAAUGCUAAGAAAGAUGAGCAAGAUGAAAUUCAAAGAUACAGAUACAUGUUAUUAUGCGAAGUGGCUGUAGGAAAAACUUUGAAUCAAUAUAAUCCUGAAUACAUUACCAAUCUAGACAAAUAAUACUAGUCUGUCAAAGGAUGUGGAAGACGAGGACCUGAUUACAACUAGUCAGUGAUUUUGUCAAAUGGAUGUAAGGUGCCUGUUGGAUAAUGCAUUGACUAUCCAUAACCUAAGAAGAAGGAUAAGGAAGGAAAUCCAGUUCGCUUUUAACUUUAGCACAAUGAAUACAUAGUCUAUGAUGAGACCAAAGUGAAGGUCAGAUAUAUGGUUUAACUGGACACAAAAGAUACUAUUGACGAGUAUUGA